GCGGUUCCCGGAGCUUCAGUCGCUGGUCUUCAGUUCUGCGCCACAACAGGAGAUAAAUAGCAGAGGAAAUUGUUCCACACACACCUGUCGGAUUGUUUAUAAACACGCUUUAAAGUCAACACAGGACCUGUGACCCGAUGUGAGAAGAAAUAUUCAGGUGUCUGCACUGAUCCAAACGAUUCUUCAUUAUCAUCCUGUAGAAAAUGCGAACGGAGGAGGUGUCUAGCACAGUGCUGCACCGCCUGAUCCAGGAGCAGCUGCGUUACGGAAACCCAACGGACACUCGUACCCUUCUGGCAAUCCAGCAGCAGGCCCUACGGAGCACAGUGACCGGAGGAACCGGAAGCCCACGCUCCUCUUCAGACAGCCUCUCCCAGGAGGAACGUCAGGAACCUCAGGGCCAAGAGCACCACGCCGAAUUCCAGCAUUCAGAAAUCUAUCUACCUUACCACCAUGAGCAGCUUCCCACGUACGAGGAGGCUAAAGCGAAUUUGCAGUGGGGCCAGGACAGGACAAUUUACUCGAAGGAAGACCUGAAUCCGAGCCACGCCAGGACUCUCAGCGAGCGUCUCAUGCAGCUCUCGCUUCAGCGCAAAGACGUCGGUGCGAAGCCCUUCGCCACGAGCUCUUCAAGCAGCUACCCUCAGAUAACCGACAAUCAACUGAAACAGCAUCACGUGGAAUUUCAGCCUUCCACGUCCACGUCUGUUCAUGCUCACGAGUUCUACCAGAAACCCCCACCACCUUUCCAUUCCCAACACACCAGACUCCCACCUGUGCCUUCACCUGAAGCACGCCACGUUUACUGCAGCGCGCCCCCUGCUGGCCGGGAGGUCUCCUCACAAAUGGAGCUGCUGAUCAAGGAGAAUGAGAGGUUGAAACAGGAGCUGGAAGGACACACCGAAAUGGCAGUCAGGAUUCAGAAGCUGGAGCAGGAAAUCCAGAGGAUCUCUGAGGCUUAUGAAACUUUGAUGCAGGGCUGCGUGAAAAGAGAGACUCUGGAGCAGACGCUCAGGAAUAAACUGACGGCCGAAAUCAAGAGGCUUGAGGAUGUUAACACGGAGCUCAUAGAUGGUUUGGAGAGCAGCAGCAUCCAGGCAGCGAAAGACGUGAAAGCUGCAGAUCGUAACGAGCAGGUCAUUGCCAAACUCCGCCUUCAGAAUGAAGAGCAGAAGCUGCAGAAUGCACGACUGGAGCGUGAAGUGCAGCUCCUGCGUGAGGAGGCAAGUUCAGCGCAGGAGCGCAGCCAGCAGCUGCAGGUUGAGCUGCACAGAAAGAGCGCAUACGUGGAGCGGGUGGAGCGUCUGCAGGGGGCACUUGCUCAGUUACAAGCCACCUGUGAGAAGAGAGAAGGUCUGGAGCUUCGUCUGCGCACACGGCUCGAAGCGGAACUGCGUUCACACAGGAACAAGCAGAGGCAGAACCAGACGUGUCCCAGCAUCUCGCCGUCCUCGGCGAACGCGAGCACCCUGCUGGAGCGCCUAAGGGAACGAGAGGAACGUAUUCUGGCCCUGGAGGCCGAUAUGAUGCGCUGGGAGCAGAAAUACCUGGAGGAGAAAACCAUGUUGGAGUUUGCCAUGGACACAGCAGCCACCGCUGCAGCUCAAAGAGACGCCACCAUCAUCAACAACCGCUCACCGUACAACUACACCAAGGAUCUACCUCAUGCUGAGAUCCAGAACCAGGAAGUAGAGAACAGGAUUCGUGCUCUGCGCGGCCAGAUCAUGGAGAAGGACGCCGUCAUCAGCGUGCUUCAUUAUCGGCUCCAGCAGGAACAGGACAAAAGCGGAGUUGCUGAAGGUGUCGAUGUGGGCGUGUCCAUGAGUUGCUCCACCAACUCCAGUUCCUCUGAAGAUCAGACAGGAACCAUAGCGAGGUUUUCCUGUGGUGCUGAUGCAGCAUGUAAAACCAGAGGCGGGGCUGAGACACACACACCUCCUACAACAGAGCACCAAGGCAGCAGUCUGGAGAGCAGUAAGAGGAAAGCUGUGAAUCCAUUCAGAGGUCUGGACAGUGUGGAAGCUGAGGCAGUGGAAAUCUUCAUCUGAGUGCUGAUGGCACAGGAACGCUGUGAAAUGAAGAGAAAAACGAGGUGUCGAGGUGUACAGAGGAUCUGAAGCUGAGCUAAGAUCUCACCUCUGGACCACUUACACUCUCUGAACUCAAGGUGGAGGUGUUGCGUUGGACUUGGAGAAGGUGAACUGUUUGAGGAUGUUACAUUGGAGUUUAGAGGAAUCAUUUCUACAUGGCAGGUCCAGCGUCUGCUGAGUCCGAGGCUUCAGUUGCAUAAUGUCAGGCAACACGUUAGCUCCGCCUCCCUGGCGCAUUACGGCUCCGCCCCUCUCUCUCGCGCUCUUUUUUUUUUUUUCUUAAAAUGAAGGUCACGCUCUCAUCAUUGAUCAUCACACUGACAUUCUAUAUGAUUUUUUUUCCUUCAGGCUGUUUUUCACACCUUCACUGUGCAUUCCUCUUUCAUUCUCUUUCUCUCUUUCAUUCUCUCUCUCUUUCUCUCUUCCUCUUUCUUCUUUUUUUAUACGUUUUUUUUAUUUUUACCCAGAACUGUGGGAUUGUAGGAUUUCCCCGGCGUGCGAUGCUCCUGCUGGUCGGUGUGUCGUACGGUAUGUGACUCGGAGCUGUGUUUCUCCUCGUGCAGCUGAUGAUGAUGAUGAUGAUGUUUUGAUGAUGAAGAUUAAUAUAUUAAUUAUUUUAUAUAAAUGAUCGAAUACCAUAAAACUGUUUUCUCCCGUGUCUCGUAAAAAACCCAGCGCUGAUGAUGUGAACGUUCUGGAACAUUUCACACACGUAAACGUAAAUAAAUAAAUAAAUGUGAUAAUAUAUUGAA